AUGAUAUUAUCAAAAAUUGUAGGGCCGGUUUAUCAAUCUGCUAUCAAACUUGUAAACCCUGUUUCGACACUCUCUAAGUUGUUCUUUAUUUGGAAUGGCGGUCAAGUCAGUGCUAAUGACACCGCAUCAAACGGCCUAUUUGCACAACAAAAAAAUGGUACGGUUGCAAAUGUUGACUUUGUUCUUAUUCCAGCACCAUCCCCCUGUCCCAACACGACAACAGGCACGUUUUUAUCGAGACAAGGUGUUUAUUUUAUUCCAUUCUUGUUGAUGAUCUUUGUCAUCGUUAUGCUUGCCACUUUAAUCUUAAUAUGGCGUAUUCGGAAGUUGUUUAAAGUGAUUUACCCCGAGUCUUUAGUAAUAUCAGCAGGACACUCACAAAUCAAUGUUUUCAAUAUUUCUGAUGUUGAUGUAGGUGCUGAGCUCAUCGAUGAGUGCACGGUAGUUGACCAAAGCGAAUCGCGAACAAACGCAUCGCCUACUCAUAUUGAAACGGGUGCGUUAUAUCAGCCAAUGCCAUCUAUAUAUACCAAUGUAUUUGGUAAAUUGAAUAGGGAACGAGCGAUUGAUUCGCAUGUAUCGAACAGAAUUAAAUUGCUCUCCAAUGGCGACCACAAGUGUUUCUAUAGUCGUAUCCAGACAAAUACCCCACGCUAUCAGGGCGUAGUUCCGCCGAGUACUAGAUAUAAUAAUCCCAUAUAUCGUAAUAGCGUACCGACACCAAGCGACAAUGAUGGUAUGAAUAUCGCGGAUGUAUCGUGUUGA